AUUGUUUCCCACAGUCAAACGUCAGUGGGGUCCAUCGUCAAGGCGCCAAACUCAAACAACAGUAACGGAGACAGAUUUGUGACUGAAAGAUUGGUAAUUAUUUUAGAUAGGUUCGCGCAAAGGGAAGCUGAAAACAUAACUGGAAAAUUAUAAGAGAUCUGUCCUUCACUCUGCACGAUGAAGACUUGUAAACCAUCACUGAAGACCUCCGUUGAAGAGGAAUGUGGCGUUUGGCUGGACACUGCGCAGCUGAAAAAAAAAGCUAAACAGAAGCGACCAUCUCGUCCCAUUUCAAAACUGCUGAAUCCCUUUGCUGGAGGUGAAGGAUACAAUUUGGCUGUAGCGCUCAACUUCACUCAGACAAAAGUGGAAAUGCCAAAGACCAAACAGAGUUCCAUAUCAACCUUUUUUGCACCUCAGCGCAGAGUUAUCAAUAGGCUGACUACUUCUGAAGAACCAAAAAUGGAUCCAGUGCUGCCUUCUUUAUCAUCUACCACAACCACAUGUGCCUCAGCUGCACCAACUCCUGUGGCGUCUGGGACAAAACGGAAACGUGAAAUAGAUCUCAACUUAAAUAAGUCUGAGCCUCGUGUGGAUCAUGAGUGGAAAAGUGAACAUGUGUUUGAAGCAGCAGAGUGGCAGGAACAGGCAGCCAGCAUUACACCUUCUCUAAACGUGUACUGUGGAUUUGAAGAAGAGCGGUUUGAAGAAAUAAAUCCACCACGGAGUAAAAGGAGGCUCACUGCAACCUCCUCAGUGCCAGUUGACAGUCAACCACUACCACAGCCAUGGAGUCAGGACCCACUGUUCACUUAUAACCAAUGUUCUGAAGAUGAACAUUCACCAGAUAACCACAAAAACACUACAGCAAAGCACCUCAGUGACUCUGAGCCAAGUUUCAUUAACGGUCUACAAAAUGAGGAGGCCUUUGGUGUUUGUGUGGAUGUAGAAGCGAUAACCUCGACGCAGAAAUUCUUUAAGCAUGUUCAUUCUUCUCAAGUGGAUGAUGAGAAAGAAAACAGCAGGAUUUUGUCUUCUACAUCCCCACGUAAACAGUCAACCGUCUCUCAUAUUGAAUCUCUUACAAAUCAUAAAUGGACAGAACAAAAAACUGCAUCACCUCGAAAACAGAUACCAGUGGGCCUGUGUAAAAAGACUCAUAAAGAAGACAGCUAUGACUCACAGUUCAAGUGGACAAAACCAAGUAAAUCUCCCCUAAAAACACAGCUGUCAUGCAGAGCGGUUGAUGAGGACAGUCUGGCCAUGUUGUUCACCCAGGACUCUGAAGGCUUCAGGGUGAUAGCACACAGAGGACUGCUAGCCAGGAGUCCACUCAAAGAUCAGAGUAACGUAAGCACCAGGAGGGUGAGAAUUAGUGCUUGCAAAUUUCUGAUGGAGGAGGACGAGGAAGAUGAGAUGCUGUUUACUCAAGACUCUCAGGGAAAUCUGGUAAUCAAGCAUUGAGAGGAACUACUAAGCCUGCUUUUUAAAUGACUUUCAUCCUGCCAGAGCUUGAAAUCAGUUUUGAUAAAUUCAAGUCUCCUAUUUGUGUCCAUGUUGACCUGAUUUGCUUUUAGCUACUUUAAAACCAAAAAUGACUGACUGACCUUUUUCGUUCUGUUUAGCUGUUUUGGUGUCUGUGAUACUGAAAUGUCUUCCAAAGUGCAGAUUUCUUUUGCAAUAACACCAACAAGCAAGAAGUGAGGGUUUUGAUUUUAUUUGAAAAAUGAUACACAAUUACAUCAAAUUGUUUAUGUAAAUUAAAAGUAUUGAAAAGCAUUAGUGGUGUACACGAUCUUCUCCCUUAUGCUGGUGCCAUGUACUACGUCUUAGUACAAAAUCAAGAGCUGUACAAAGUAAUAGAGACAACAGGAAGUUGGUGCUCAAGUGUGUACAAAUGAAGUGCUUGUAACUUGAUUUCUAAACCUCUGGGUAAUUUAGCAGCCAAGUACAUAGUUAAUUAUCUUUGAUUUAACGUCUACUGCAGAACACCUGACGUUACAUCCAUCAGAACUGAUUAGGCACUAGCAACACUGAUAUCUGCCGUUAAUGCAAAAUAUAGUGAACAGUGCUGCAUAGACUUCACCCACUAAGAGAAACAUGUACUGCAUGACUGCUAUGCCCUAUAUAUAUUAAAGGAGGUAACUAAGAUACACUUCAUUAGACA